AUGGGCGAAAUAUUACAAAUUCUAUUUGCCAUGGUAAUUCAAGAGACACUUAAUUGUGAAGGUUAUUUGCCAACUGCUUCGUCGGAUGGUGGUGCAACACACCAAUCCACCACAACCCAUCUCAAUAUUCCAAACAAUACACCCCAACCAAAUCAAUUCGCUAACCAUGAUGGAGUUAAGGAAGAGGAGCAAGAGGAAAUUUCUUGUGGUGAAACACCAUCCCUUGAAAUUUACACCCCUGCCACAAGUGAACCAUUAACAACUUGGGAGCAAUCCAAUGCAGUUCCUUCCACUAGUUGUGCCUUGUCCACAGAAACUAUAAAGUCACCGUCAUCACAAACAGUAAAAGAGGAACCAGAAUCGGAAUAG